CAGACUAGAAAGGAACCCCUUCUGUGUGCUGCUCUGGAUCUGCCGAGCCUGGAGCCUCUGCCUUCACAGGAACUAUUUUUUUUCCGAGAGCCGGACAAUUUGCUGCUUCUGGAGAAGCACACCCCUCAGCUGACGAGGAGUGGGCCACAUGUAGGGCAUAGAUACGAGGAAACAAAGUGGGAUCGUGCCCCUUGUUCUCUUGUGUACACACACUUGGGGAAUUUGCUGUGUGAAGAGGCAUGGAUGGGAGUCUGACGCCUGCAGAGGGGUGUCCACCCAUUCAACGAAAUUUCAAUGACAUGGGAUCAAAAUCCUCUACUAAGAAAUCUAAAAGAGGUGUUCUUUUUUUUGAGGUGGAGAUCCUGGAUGCCAAGACCCGGGAGAAGCUGUGCUUCCUCGACAAGGUGGAGCCUAAUGCCACCAUAGCAGAGAUCAAGAACCUCUUUUAUAAGACUCAUCCUCAGUGGUAUCCAGCCCGGCAGUCUUUACGACUAGAUCCCAAGGGGAAGUCCCUCAAGGAUGAAGACAUUCUUCAGAACUUGCCAGUGGGCACAACAGCCACGCUGUAUUUCCGGGAUCUGGGAGCACAGAUCAGCUGGGUAACGGUCUUCCUCACAGAGUAUGCUGGGCCACUAGUUAUCUACUUACUUUUCUACUUCCGGGUGCCCUUCAUCUAUGGCCGGAAAUAUGAUUUCACUUCCAGCAAGUACUCGGUUGUGCACCUGGCUUGCAUUUGCCACUCUUUCCACUACAUCAAACGCCUCUUGGAGACUCUCUUUGUCCAUAGAUUCUCUCAUGGGACAAUGCCCUUGCGUAACAUCUUCAAGAACUGCACUUACUACUGGGGCUUUGCUGCCUGGAUGGCAUACUAUAUCAACCACCCAUUGUAUACGCCACCUGCAUAUGGACUCGAACAAGUGAAACUGGCACUUAUCAUAUUCUUGUUCUGCCAGCUGGGAAACUUUUCGAUUCAUAUUGCUCUGAGGAACCUGCGCCCUGCUGGUUCCAAGACCAGGAAGAUUCCAUAUCCCACCAAGAACCCCUUCACAUGGCUUUUCUUACUGGUCUCCUGCCCUAAUUAUACCUACGAGGUGGGAUCCUGGAUUGGCUUUGCUAUUAUGACUCAGUGCCUUCCAGUGGCUCUAUUCUCCCUGGUUGGAUUUAUCCAAAUGACCAUCUGGGCAAAGGGGAAACACCGAAGUUACCUGAAGGAAUUCCGGGACUACCCCCCACUUCGCUCACCCAUCGUCCCUUUCCUGCUCUGAGCCAGAGGCAACUGCCUCUCGGUCUGGGCCAGUUGUUUUUUUUAAAAACCUUCUGAGCGGCUGUUACUGGAGUCUAAAUUGGGCUGUUUCCUUCUUGCCUGCUUGUGAUCUGGGGAAAGCUGGGGAUUCCUUGCUUCUGUAAGUUAUUAGCCACAACUUUUUAUCCUUCCCCUGACUUCCUGAGCUUGGAAUCACCUUUCCCUACAAAGACCAUGAAGCUAAGCACUGCAGCAGGGAACAUAGGAAACAAUCCAGUUUUACUGGAGACUGGCACCACUGAACCAGGUGCUAGGUAUAACAUUUGCAAGGCCAGGUGCCAAAAACCGAAACUAGGCAGCUGUACCUUACUCCAAAAGGAAGACUUUCUUCUCUACUUAGGCUGUGCAGGAGAGCAGGCAUUAGCUAUUGCUCAUUGGUCAAAUUCUGGAGUCGUCUGUUCGCCUAGCUUUCCUUGGCCCUCUUGUGGCAAAUACUGGUAGGGCAUAAGUUUACUCUUGCUUUUUGUCCUGGAAUGCUUUCCCUUAUUCUGAAAGUUCUUAGCAGCUUUCCCGGUGGGGUUGAACUAAUAAGGCCCCUUGAAGAGGCUGCCUUCGUCUUGCAUAGCAUGGUCUUGUGCACCUUUGGGCCCUUGUGCCGCUAAUGGGCAUUGGCAUUUGAGACCUACAUUUUAAAGCAGACCAGAAGGGGUAUGAGGGAGAUGCCACCGCUGUGUGCUUUUCAGGCAAAGUUGGUAGAAUUAUUCUAGCCACCACAGUGGGUGAUGAGGGGCACAGUUAAGGCCAGGUAUGUGGGGGUUGCAAGAGAAGACACUGCAACGGAAGCAAUUGGGGCAAGGCAGGUGCAGUGCAGGAGCAUUGUGUGGGUGCGUCAGUAGCCCCCCCCCCACUGCAAGCCAGCACUGUCAAUUUUAAGCAUAAAUGCCUCUUCCCGUUUGUGACUUGAUUUUAAUUAACAUUAAAGCCACUAUGUCCUUUCUCAGUAUCCCACAUGCUAACCAAAACUAUGCUUCAGUUUCCCUUAAGAUCUAAUGGGGUAGGCCUUCUUUACCCAAAACAGGAGAUCAUUAAUAUGCGGCUCUUAAAAACCCACUGGCUUUUCACCAUAAGUUGCUACCUGUUCUGUUGCCAGUCAUUUUAUGCAUCUUGUGUCCUCUGCAGGCCCGGUUCCUUCCUAGAAGUGCUUAUUAGGUACAGAGGUUAUCAGUAUUGUUACAGAAAGUUGUAACUGCACUGAGAACCUCUUGCAAAAAGACUGCUUUGAAGCAAAGCUUGCAGAUAUUGCUAGCCAGUAUUGUUUUAAAAGGCCUCAGUUCUUAUAGGGAAACAUUCAGUGUGAUUGAAAUGAAGACUCUAGGCUUGAUGGCCUCCCUUGGAGAAACUUUUCUCUUUUCUUGUUUGUCUUAAUGUUAAGAGUGUGAUCCUACACAUGCUUAGGUGGAGUUAGCCCUUUAACACAGCAUGACUUACUUCUAAGCAAGUGCCUCGGAUCAGGGUGAAAGUUCGCAACAGUCUUAGUUUAUGCUGCGUGUGAGCAGUAAGAUCCUGGAAACCUGCAAGGCUCCACGGCAGCUGUUUAAUAUGAGCCACUUGAUUACCUAUGGUCUGUUUCAUGUGGAACUGUCUUCUUGGAACCAUACCAAUAAAAAACAGUCCUUCCAUUGGUCA